AUGGGUACACCUAUUCGGCGAGUGGCACCCCCAUCGGUAAUAUAUGAAUUCGUGAAGAAACACUUCGAUUGGUCCGUAACGGAGUACUCUGAUGUGACGUCUCUAUUUGCAUUGGUGACCUUGUGUCGAUCGCACCGCCUGGCCUUCCCAGCUCAGACGUUCAGCUUCUGGGCUGCUUGCGAGGCCCUGGUUCCUGUACUCGGCGAUGUCAUGUCCUCGCAGGUGUUCAACGCGAGCAUUAACGCCUUGCCUUGA